UAGUGUCGCUAUAAACACAGGAUAUAGUCCGUGACGCGUCCCACAGUUUUCACUUUCAUUUUGACUACGUCGUCGGAGGUCAGAAGCUGCUUCUUAAAAUUUGUUCGUUUCUCUCGGGAUUUUUGUAUGUCAAUUUAAAACGACCACAACUGUUUGAACCCUAAACGCAAUAACUUUGACUUCGAAGAGAACUCGUGUCCCAUUCAGCGAGUACUACUGUAUUUACAGUGAUGCAGAAACUGUGCCACCUCCUCUUCCCUCUGCUCUUGCUGUGCGUGGACGCCUGCGUGGUGCGCGGCCUCCGCCUCCUGCAGCUCUCGGCGCCCCUCCCAUGUUCGGUGCUGGUCGCCAUGUGGGCAGGAGGGCUGACCAGGGCCAGCCUCCUCCUGCUUGUGUCCUGCGCUUCCUGUGGAGGAGGGCUCUCGUGGGCGAGCAGUCUGUUGGUGCUUUGCUUGCACUUCCCCGCGUACGUGGGCCUUCUCUCCGGGCUGGGGUGUUCCACCGAGGAGGAGGCGUGGGGAUGGCACUCCUGGGAGAGGUUGUUGCAGGGCUAUGUGGUGACGGCGGUGGCGUGGGUCUACUGGAGUCAAUACGCCUCUUCGCUGUGGACGUCCAAGUGCGCAACAGAGAAGCCUAAAGAGGACAUUGUGUCAUCUCUGAGAAGACUGACUGGAUUCAUGCAACCUUAUCUGGGCCGAUUUAUUAUCGUGCUGAUACUUGUGCUGUUCUCCGCCUAUGGAGAGAUGGCGGUCCCUCUGUACACGGGCCGCGUGACCGACUGGAUCACAAACCAUGAAUCGCCGGAUGCUUUCAACGAGGCCAUCAUGGCCAUGGGGAUAUUGACUGCUGCCAGCGCGCUGCAGGAGUUUAUCGGCGACCUGUUGUACACAUCCACAAUGCUCCGCAUCCACACAGCAGUGCAGGGCGGCAUCUUCCAAGCGGUGUUGAAACAGGACAUCGCCUUCUUUGACGCCACCACCACAGGAGAGCUGGUUUCCCACAUCAUCACUGACACCAACAACAUGAGCGAGGCGCUGAGUGAGAAACUCAGCCUGGUCAUGUGGUACACGGCCCGCUUCGCCUUCCUUCUGUAUUUCAUGGUGACGCAGUCGUGGAAGCUGACUCUGCUCUCCUGCAUGGGGCUGCCCAUUGUCUGGGUCAUACCCAAGUUCACCGGGGGCUUCAGUCAGACGUUGUCGGUGAAGGUUCAAGCGUCGCUUGCUAAAGCCAACCAGGUGGCCACAGAAAGCUUCUCCUGCAUCAAGACCGUGAAGAGUUUUGCCAAUGAGGACGGCGAGACGGAGCGCUACAGGCGGGCCAUGGAGGACACGUACAACUUGCAUAAAAAAGAGGCGGCCCUUUAUGGAGUUACUACAUCUGCCAACAUUUUGAGCACUUUGGCCAUGAAAGUGAGCAUUCUCUACUACGGAGGGAUGCUUGUGACCAGGGGGACGGUGAGCAGUGGAGAGCUGGUCUCAUUUGUUCUCUACGAACUGCAGUUUGCCUCUGCUGUGGAGGCCUUCAUGCAUUCUUACCCAGAGGUGAGGAAGGCUGUGGGCGCCUCUGAAAAGAUCUUCGAAUAUCUGGAUCGGAAACCUCGAGUACCCCCAGAGGGAACCUUAGUCUCGGACAACCUCAAUGGACACGUUGAGUUCAGGAAUGUUACUUUUGCCUACUCGGGCAACUCGGAUGACCUUAUUCUCAAGAACGUUUCCCUGGAAAUAAAACCCAAACGGAUCACGGCACUUGUGGGGCUCAACAGAUCGGGGAAGUCCACCUGUCUCAAACUGCUAGAGAGGUUUUACCAGCCCCAAAGCGGUGAGAUCCUGCUGGACGGGCUGCCGUUGCAAAGUUAUCAAGACAUUUAUCUUCGGCAGCAGAUCUCAGUGGUGAGCCAGGAAUGUACGUUGUUCCCUCGCCCUGUGUGGGAGAACAUCAAGUAUGGCUGCGACGCUAGCGACGAGGACAUGCACCGAGCCGCCCGCCUGGCCGGCAUCCACAGCUUCAUCACGGGGCUGUCGAAGGGCUACGACACAGAUGCUGGUGAGAAAGGAGCACAGUUCUCUGGAGGGCAGAAACAGCGUAUCGCCAUCGCCAGAGCUUUAAUUCGACGACCCAAGAUCUUGAUAUUGGACAACGCCACCAGCGACUUGGACACGGAAAACGAACAUCAGAUCCUCCAGACUUUGCUCAACCAAGGCAGCGAGUGCUCUGUGCUGCUCAUCUCCAACAAGAUGAGCGUCGCCAAGAAGGCCGACCACAUCGUGGUCCUCCAUGAAGGGAAGGUGGAGGCGGAGGGUUGCCAUGAUGAGCUGCUGCAAAGAUGCGGCCGUUAUGCGGAAUUGGUGACAAAGGAGGCGCACUGCAGUUGAGCCGAGCUGAUAUCGUUUGGGUUAAACAAACUUUUCGAUCAUUUUUAAAACAAAAAAUGGCAUUAUUGGCUUUAUAUUAACAAAAAGAUUAAAUGAUACAUUAAA